AUGCAACAUGGAUACCCCGCACAUUCAGGCAUGCAACACGGAUACACGGCACCUUCGGGCAUGCAAGACGGAUACACGGCACCUUCGGGCAUGCAAGACGGAUACACGGCACCUUCGGGCAUGCAACAUGGAUACACGGCACCUUCAGGCAUGCAACAUGGUUACACGGCACCUUCGGACAUGCAACAUGGAUACACGGCACCUUCGGGCAUGCAACACGGAUACACGGCACCUUCGGGCAUGCAACAUGGAUACACGGCACCUUCGGGCAUGCAACAUGGAUACUCCGCACAUUCGGGCAUGCAACAUGGAUACACGGCACCUUCAGGCAUGCAAGACGGAUACACAGCACCUUCGGGCAUGCAAGACGGAUACACGGCACCUUCGGGCAUGCAACAUGGAUACACGGCACCUUCAGGCAUGCAACAUGGUUACACGGCACCUUCGGGCAUGCAACAUGGUUACACGGCACCUUUGGGCAUUCAACAUGGAUACACGGCGCCUUCGGGCAUGCAACACGGAUACAGGGCUCCUUCGGGCAUGCAACACGGAUACACGGCACCUUCGGGCAUGCAACAUAGAUAA